GCUCAGAGCUUGUCCCGUAUAUAUUCCCUGAAAUUCCAAUUGCUUAAUUUUUAUUCUCAUGUUGUGCAUGAAAGUUUUAUUCUUCAAUCAAUCGCCAUAUUCGAGAAAAGUUCAAUGGGAGGGCUGCUCGCAGAAGCUCUGUCACUCAAUCAAGCUUAUGAAGUUUAUAUGGACGAAGUGAAAUUUGUCUUAUUCGACCCAACCGGUCCAAAGCGAAGUGUUGGAACUGCGGGGUUGAACGGGUGCAGCGUGGUGACCAUUAUCUCUCCCUUGGCCGCGAUCCUGGCCCAUUUGCCUCCGCAUCCAGGACGUGAUUGGCAUGAUCCAUAUGCGGCCGACAGGCAUGUGGAAGCGAAAAUGAACGAAUUAAUAAAUCUAUAUCGGCAUGUCCGGGAGUAUUUUCGACCUGAAAAUACAACUUGGGUAAUAAGUGCAAUGUUUGAUGGACAGGUCGCAUUGCCUGACCAGCGAGAAAUCAUUGAGAACAAGCUCAGGGAAGCUGGCUUGACGUCCACGAGAUCCACAUAUAUGGUUGUCGACGCAACACUUUUUCAAGGUCCUGGUCAAGGAACUGUCUUUGUUGAUGCGAGAGGAGGUCCUUCAAUUGUUUAUGUUGGUGAUCGAGCAUUGCAUUUACCAUAGAAUGGAGUCGAGUAGAGCCCAGGAGAAUUGAUAGCUGGGUACCAACAACAGCCUCUUUGAUAUUUUCCUUCUCGGAAUGGAGACCAACUGUGUUAAUAUAGAUCAGUAUGUCAUUUUAUUGGCCUCUUUCACCAUUGCAUAUAGCAAUACAGCAUGUGUUUCUUCGC